AUGCCGUUAACUUCCUCCUCAGACCACAAGCUGCACUCGUUGAAACACUUGUUUAAGAAAGAUCGGACACCCACGUCAGAUUCUUCAUCUUCAGUCCCGUUAUCUGCAUCUCCUUCAGCUUCAAGUUCACAACUUGGCUUAAGUAAAUUAUUUCAUCAUGAACAAGAAUUAAAGAAAACUAGGGAAACUAAAGAAGGAUUUUCACUUAGACGUCAUAAUUCUCAAUCAGUAAGUUCUACCAAUAUUUCUUCAUCCAGUUCAACCAAUAAUCAUAAUAAUAAUAAUAAUAUUAAUAUUUCUGCAAAUAGCUCUCCUGUUUCACCAUCAAAUAAUAUAUUCACAAGAGCAAGAAGUAAUACUCAUGAUAGUUUACUUCAUCAUCAUCAUCCACCUCCCGUUCAAGGUAAGAAAUUAUUAUCUAAAGCUCAAACUUUAGCCCAUAUUCAAUCUUUAAAUCAAAAGAAUUCUCUUAAAAAUCAACAACGUAUGGGAGUAGAAGGUAAUAAUAUAAGUACAAGUCCAUUUUCAACUCAUCAAGGUAGUGAAAAGAUUGUUUAUAAUCCAUAUGGAUUAAAAAAGAGUCCUACCCAAGAAUUACCAAAGAAUCCAUCAUUUUAUUUAUCUGGUGGAAAUGAUGGUGAAAGAAUUCUUGCAAAUCCAGUUCAUAAUCCUAAUGAUUAUCUUCCACCAGAUUUACAACAAGAACAUGUAAAUCUUCUUGAAGAUUAUGAAAUUGAUAUUUCUAAUAAAAAAUUAGGUGAUGGAGGAUCUUCAGAUGUAAGAAUUAUUAAUUCAAUUAAUCAUAAAAAGAAUGUAUAUGCUUUAAAGAAAUUUACUAUGCUUUUAAAGGAAACUGAUGAAGAUUUUUAUAAACGAGUUACAAAAGAAUUUAUAAUUUCUAAAAAGGCAGCACUUUCUCGUCAUGUGGUUGAUACUUUAGCCAUUGUAAGAAUUCAAAGUCAAACUAAUCUUUCAAGAGGUUGGGGAAUUGUUCUUGAAUAUUGUGGUGGUGGAGAUCUUUUCUCUACUAUUAUUAAACCAGGUUGGAAAAGAUCACCAAUUAAUGAAAAAUAUUGUUUAUUUAAACAAAUUGCUUAUGGUGUUAAAUUUUUACAUGAAAAUGAUAUUGUUCAUAGAGAUCUUAAACCUGAAAAUGUUCUUUUAACAUCAAAUGGGGUAGCUAAACUUUGUGAUUUUGGAGUAUCUGAUUUUGGUCAUGUUAUACCGUUUGAUUUAACAUCUCCAGUAAAACGUUCAUCAAGUUAUGUUGGUUCACCACCUUAUACAUCACCCGAAGUAAUGAUUCUUAAAGAAAAAUCUCAUUCUGAAGCAAAGAAUUUUACUUAUGAUCCAUUUAAAAUGGAUCAUUGGGCUUUAGGAAUGUUAUUAUUUUGUCUUAUAUUUGGUGGAGUACCGUUUCAACAAGCAAUUCCUACUGAUCAGGGUUAUCGUGACUAUAGAUUUAGUCAUCAUCGUUAUUUUACUGAUAAUCCAAAUUUUCAAAAGAAUAAUGAAUUUCAUAAAGGUCCAGGAACAGAAUUUAAAUGGGCAGCACAAUUUCAAUCAACUGGAGCUUCAAGAGUGGCUUGGAAAUUAUGUGAUCCAAAUGUUGAUACCAGAUAUAGUAUAGAAAAUUUAUUCUCUGAUCCUUGGUUUCAAGCUUUAGAAAUGUGUAUUUAUGAACAUCCUGAUCAAGAUGUUAAUCCAUUUGUAUUACCUGGAACUGGUACAGAUACUGGAAAUUAUAAUCAUAAUAGUAGUGGGUAUCCAUCAAAUAGUAAUGGUACAGGAUCGGCUGGUUCAUCUGCUGUUCCCUCGAGAAGAGGAACUUAUAAUCAUGGAAAUCAUCAUCAUAAAGGUGGUGUUGAUGAUGGAGAUACUAGUGGAGAUGAUAAUUUACAUACUCCAUUCCGAAGUAUGUUAGAUUUAGCUGGAAUUGAUAAUUCCAAUUCAAAUACAAAUUCUAAUGAUAAAUCUCAUGGUUUAGUUAAAUCUAUGUUGGAUUUUUCAGAUUCUUCAAAUACUUCUAAUAAUUCUAUAAAGGAACCACCUUCAACUCCAACAUUACCUGCUGUUCAAGAACAUCAUCCUGAAGAGCAUACUGAUGACAUUAAUAUUAAUAUUGUUGCUCAAGAGAUUGAAGCUGCUAGUUCAGAAAAGAGUGAUCUUCAUGCUAAUGAAUCAUAUCUUAGUUUAGCAAACCCUCCAUUAGGGUAUGAGAAUGAUGAUAGUAAUAUUAAUACUACUACUAAUAACAAUACUAAUACUAAUACUAAUAGUAUUAAUACACAUCAACCACCACAUAUUAAACAAUCUUUACCUGAUUUGAGAAGAACUUUACAUUCAACAUCUCAAUUGAAAUUAGAUAAGGAUGGAAUGUGUGAAUUAGGAUACUGCAUUAAGAAACAUCAUCAUUUAGAAGUUAGUACAGUUGCUAUGAGUAGUUCAAUACUGAGAAGAAGAUAA